CGCCUAAAUCUCGCGAUGUUUGCCUCCAGUUGCUCUUUGGGGGGGAUUACAGGCGAGUUGCACAAGGUCAGUCGAGCCGGUGUAGAGGCGAGCAGGUCGGCGUGUCCAGGCUUUGCGUUGUCCGCUAAAUCAUCUCCAAUGGCCAGAGGAAGCCGCAGCCGUCCCUCGGCUCCAGCCAGCCCAGCUCCAUCCCACGCUCCAGCUCCUGUUCAUGCACCUCCGGCCUCGCUGGCCCCAGCUCCUGCUCAGUCCCAGGGUCCAGGACUCAUGGCCCAGAUGGCUACCACAGCUGCAGGAGUAGCUGUUGGCUCAGCUGUGGGCCACGUGGUUGGCAGCGCCCUCACGGGAGCAUUCGGUGGGGGCAGCAGCAGCAGUCCAGAACCAGCCAAAGCUACAUACCAGGAGCCCCCCCGGUCUGCUCCAGCCCAGCCGGGCCCCUGUCACUUUGAAGUCAAACAGUUUCUGGAUUGUGCCACCAACCAUACAGACCUCACUCUCUGUGAGGGCUUCAACGAGGCGCUCAAACAGUGCAAGUUCUCCCAUGGUGUGACAUCGCUGGUGUGAUGAACGGACCCCCACAAUCAUGGUGAAGAUCACGUGACACUAACGGGAGCGCUGUCCUUCAGAGAGUGUGUGUGUGUGUGUGUGUGUGUGUGUGUUGACUGUACAACAGUGAUGAACUCUUUAAUAAAUAGCUGCUGUUGACGUCA